GACUCCCACCGGCUGUCAGCAGCGACUCUCUGAUCACCUCCACCUCCGGACGUCAGUCGUCCACCUCCGGACACCUUGUGUUUCUGUUCCGUGUCCUCUUGGUGUCCGCUGGCAGUGUUUUGACGUGAUUCUGGGCUGUGUUUGACAGGGAUGCCCACAGUUGCCUAUGUCUUGCUUGGGAUCUUCCUCCAGCUGUGAUUUUGUAAUCAGUAAAGAGAGUCCAGCAGGGUGACUCCUGCUCAGACUUUUAGGGGUCUUCGUGCGCCAUUCCGGUGCUGGCGAUGAAUUGACAGGAGAUCGUUUGGAUGACGGACAUCGACCUGUCCCGCUCUGCGCCUUUGGGAUAUUGUUCCAGAAGAGCUGUUCUUAUAGAGUAGAACAGUUUGCUCACUUUGCAGCCCGUGCACGGGAGCAGCGUGCCCACUGCAGGGGCUGCUGCGGCUUUCCAUCCGGCACCGCUUCCACUGAGCAUCACCGACGAGCUCCGAAACGUGCGAUGCUCCACCAGUGAGGUUAUAACGGCCCGGAUCUGCUUUUGGUCACCCUUCCCGGCAGCAUGGCUCCAGCCCGGAGGGACUGCAGCGGCUGGGAGAUGUUCCUCCCGACGGGAUGCCUGCUCCUCCUGUCUGUUUUGCUCUUCCAACCCGCCCUGGCCAAGGUGUGCAACGACCGCACCAAACACACGCAGGACAACAGCUGGUUCACCAGAGACGGGGAAAAGUUGCCCAUCAUGGUUCUAAUGCCCAUGAACGAGUCGGCCCUGAUGAGCAGCAUCAGCCAGGGGAUCGAACCCGCGGUCCAGCUGGCUAUCCAGCACAUACGGGAGACCAGGGCGUACUCAUUCUCCCUCAUCACCAAAAUCUACGACACCGAGUGCGACAACGCCAAGGGGCUGAGGGCCUUCUUUGAUGCCAUAUGCUACGGUCCCAAACAUCUGAUGAUCUUCGGAGGUGUCUGCCCCUCUGUCACCUCCAUUAUUGCAGAAUCCCUAGAAGGCUGGAACCUGGUGCAGCUGUCCUUUGCUGCAACGACCCCCGUUCUGGCAGACAAGAAAAAUACCCCCAAUUUCGUCCGAACUGUCCCAUCGGACAAUGCUGUGAACCCGGCUGUGGUCAAGUUCUUGAACUACUACAACUGGAGCCGUGUGGGGACCCUAACGCAGGAUGUGCAGAGGUUCUCAGAGGUGAGGAAUGACCUGACUAAUGAGCUCGAGAAAGCAGAUAUUCAGAUCGCAGAUACGGAAAGUUUCUCGAACGAUCCCUGCAUCAAUGUCAAGAAGCUCAAGGAUAAUGAUGUGAGAAUCAUCAUUGGCCAGUUUGAUGAGAACUUGGCCUCGAAAGUCUUCUGUUGCGCCUACAACCUGAACAUGUUUGGCAGUAAGUACCAGUGGGUUAUCCCCGGCUGGUACCAAGGCAACUGGUGGGAGCAGGCCAACACCACCAACUGUACCACCAAGAAGCUGCUGACCGCCAUGGAGGGAUACAUCAGUGUGGACUUUGAGCCGCUUAGCUCUCGACAGACCAAGGGGAUCUCUGGAAGAACCCCAAAAGAAUAUGAAAGGGAAUACAGCCAAGAGCUGCAGCAGAAAGGUGUGGAGGCCAGCAAGUUUCACGGCUUUGCCUACGACGGCAUCUGGGUGAUUGCUAAGACCUUGACCCGAGUGAGGGAACUGCUCCGGAUCAAACAACGAAAAGACAUCCAUCACAACUUCACCGUGGAUGAUCAUGAAGUCGGAAAGUUGGUGCUGGACGUGAUGAAUGAGACAAACUUCAAUGGUGUUACAGGCCAGGUAAUGUUUCGAAAUGGAGAGAGAAUGGGCACAAUAAAAUUCAACCAGUUUCAAGAGGGACGGGAGGUAAAGGUGGGGGAGUACAACGCAAUCGCCGAUGAGCUGGACCUCAUCAACAACUCCAUCAGGUUUCAAGGUGUCGAGCCCCCCAAAGAUCGCACAAUUGUGCGCCUGCAGCGUCGCCACAUCAAUGUACCCCUCUACAGCAUCCUGUCCACCAUGACUGUGCUGGGCAUGGUCAUGGCCAGUGCCUUUUUGUUCUUCAACAUCAAGAACCGCAACCAUCGAUUAAUCAAGAUGUCUAGUCCCUACAUGAACAACCUGAUCAUCCUAGGAGGUAUGCUGUCCUAUGCCUCAAUCUUCCUGUUUGGCCUGGAUGGAGGUUUUGUCUCUGACAAAGAGUUUGAGACUCUCUGCACUGUUCGGACAUGGAUCCUCAUUGUUGGGUAUACAACGGCUUUUGGUGCCAUGUUUGCCAAGACCUGGAGGGUACACGCCAUCUUCAAAAAUGUGAAGAUGAAGAAGAAGAUCAUAAAGGACCAGAAGCUGCUGAUUAUCGUGGGUGGAAUGCUGUUAAUCGACUUAUGCAUCCUCAUUUGCUGGCAGAUUGUGGAUCCACUUAAGAGGACUGUGGAGGAAUACAGCUUAGAGCCGGACCCCCAAGGUCGAGACUUUGCCAUCCGCCCCUUCCUCGAGCACUGUGAGAACACCCACAUGACUAUUUGGCUGGGGAUCGUCUAUGCCUACAAAGGCCUAUUAAUGCUGUUUGGUUGUUUCCUGGCAUGGGAGACGAGGAACGUCAGCAUCCCUGCACUCAAUGACAGCAAAUACAUAGGCAUGAGUGUGUACAAUGUGGGCAUCAUGUGCAUCAUCGGUGCCGCAGUGUCCUUUCUGACCAGGGAUCAGCCCAAUGUCCAGUUCUGCAUUGUGGCGCUUGUCAUUAUCUUCUGCAGCACCAUCACACUCUGUUUGGUCUUUGUUCCCAAGUUAAUCACCAUGAGAACCAACCCAGAUGCAGCAACACAGAACCGGAGGUUGAAGUUCACCCAGAACCAAAAGAAGGAAGACUCCAAAACCUCCACCUCAGUCACCAGCGUCAACCAGGCGAACACAUCUCGACUGGAUGGCCUUCAAACUGACAACCACCGCCUUCGAAUGAGGAUAACUGAGCUGGACAAGGAGCUGGAGGAAGUGACCAUGCAGCUCCAAGAUACCCCAGAGAAAACGCCUUAUAUCAAGCAAAACCAUUACCCGGAUGCCAACAACAUCCUCAGCAUACGUAACUUCACAGACGCCAAAGAUGGUGAGAAGUCAAUACUGAAGAACCACCUGGAGCAGAAACCUCAGGCGCAGUGGGGCUCCAUGGAUCCCUCCAGAAUAAACAGAGGGCCGCUGGAGGACAUCAACUCACCUGAACAUAUACAGCGUCGACUGUCCUUGCAGCUGCCCAUCCUGCACCACGCCUACUUACCUUCCAUAGGAGGGGUAGAUGCCAGCUGCACAAGCCCCAAUGGCAGCCCUGGUUCCAGCCCACGGCACAGACACAUGCCCCCAUCCUACAGGGUAAUGGUUUCUGGUCUGUGAGCUUAAUUUGCUCCCCUGCCCGGCUCUGUGCAGCAGAGAAAUACACAGUUCUUUUUUUCUGCAACAAACAGACUGACAUCAUCAGCGUAUGUGCGUAUGUUGUCUCACAACAAGGAGGACGGAGGGGGGAGAAGAGAGGGAGGGUGCCGAGUUUCAUUCUUUGCACCUCUACACCCCAGCCUCUCUUGAGAACGCAAACCCUCCUUGUGGAAGGGACGGGAGGAGAGAGAGCAGCCACUGGAUGACCCUUUUAAACUCCCAUGAUUCACAGCAGCAAACCCUCCAUCACUGGCUCCCCUUGCCUUGGCAUAUAUGCACAUGAGCGCACAGACAUGAAAACACACACUCACACACACUCCCACAGCAGAGCAGCAGUUGGACCAACCCCGACCUGAUGUGUAGCCUUAUCAGCUUCAGAGGGGGGUGGGUCACCUGUUUCUGUUCCUUCUUUGUUAUAUGUCUGUGCUCACGCCAACAUGUGAGCUCAUCAUCUAACUUGAGGAUUUCACUGCUAAAGUUAUGUGAGCGGAAAAGUUGAAAUUUCCAACAAUCUAACAAAGGUUUGAAAAAGUUGACUCCCUGCCCCAACCUCGCAGAGACAUGUAAAUAGAAUCAUUUCUGACUUUGAUGUACUGUAAGCUUUGUACAUGCUGUGAAGGGACAAUUAGAGGUUCUACUGUAAGAGUGGAGCUCUGAAAGAGGCGGUAAAACCUAAAAAAGAACAAAAAAAGGGGGAGCAGCCUGUAAUGAAAGGGAGUUGAACUGGUUUGUGUAAUAUGCGUCGCAAAGCCUGAAUCAACAAACAUCAAACCCCAACUGGGGGUCGAGCCCCAACCAGGGAUCUGUCCCUCUAACGGCGCAAGAUGCACAUCGUCUAAAUUUGCAUCAGUUGGUUUUCUUCAAUUUUCACAUCGAACCUUACCUUUAAGAGUUUACAACUUGCUUAAUACGUCCUCAAUAAGCAUGCUAGAGUAUAGACGCUAAGCCUCUUAAGAAGUUGGCAGGUCGACAUGUGUUAGACAACAGAGCUGAAGAAUGCUACCACUGUUCCACGGUCGUCUCUUAUGUGUGUUAUGCACACUUAAAUGCAAGAAAGCAGUUUAUGAAUUCAGGUGCUCUUCCGGCGAGGCAUCGGCAGCAGGCGCAGAGAGGUCUCCAGGUGACUAAGAUGUCUAUCUCACAUAGUCCAACAGCACAAAGAUCUGAAGUUCCUUGACUCCUUCCGCAGGUGUUGGAAAGGAUGUAGGUCUGCCAGAUCCACAAAAGGUUUGGAUUUAAAGCGGUUGACCCGAAUUUCCACGAGUUAUAGCAAAA